AUGGCGAACAGACUCGAUGACUUGGAGGACGAUGUUGUGGUUGAGAUUCUGUCUCGGCUGCCCGUGAGAACCCUAUGCCAGCUCAAGUCGGUUUGCAGUCGCUGGAAUGCCAUAAUUUCCAGUCCCUAUCUAGUUUCUACCCACCUCAAGAACUACACGAACGGCCCAGCCGGUGAUGCCUACCAGACCCUCAUGGUCUAUGAUUCCAACCGUUACUUGAAGCCAAAGAUAGUGCAAUUUGAAUUUGAUCCUGAUGGUGAUGUAUCUCAAAUCUGUUAUCUGGACAGCAUAAUGCCCAUUCUUGCCGGACCCUGCAAUGGCAUAUAUUUGCUGGGCUUUAGGGAGACUAAGGGUCAUGUGUUCCUGUGGAAUCCAGCAACUGGCUCGUUGUCUAGUAAAAUACCAUUGCCCAGAACCGCCAAUGAUUCCUUUGGUGUUGACAGCUUUGGGUUUGGGCUGCAUAAUACAGUUGCUGAUGAUUUCAAAAUAGUUGUGAUUCGGCAAGUCCCCCUUGGCGACUGGCCUUACUACCCUAGAGAGCAACCAAGUACAGGCUGUUGGUCAUCUCCUGAGUUUCCUUCACAAGUGAUGGUGUACACACUGGGCACUGGUACUUGGAGGGUUUUGGAAGAGUUCCGGCAUCCACUCGAGAUAGUUGGAUUCACUAAGGAUUACAGGUACUUGAACGGGUUCUAUUUUUGGUUAUGUGCACCUCCCGUUGCGGCUCUGGCUUUCGAUCUUCGGAGUGAUGUUUUCCGUGUGAUAGACGACCCCAUACCAGUCACCUUUAAUGGACAAUAUGAUAAAGAGAUGAAGCAACUUUUCCUGUACAAGAAUUCGCUUGCGUUAUGUAUUAUGCAGGAGGGGAGUAGUGGUGUUGGUGGAUUUGAUAUGUGGCUACUGAGCGAACAAUGGUGCUGGAUCAAACAUUUAGCUAUUGGUCCUUUCAUUCCAAAAGAUUUGGUGGCGGUUGGAUGUUGGAGGAACAAGCAGAUUAUCGUUCGUACUGUAGAUCGGACGGAGGAGCAGAAUGACACUAAUUUGCUAUUGUUCGACCCUGCUACUCAAGGCAUGAAAGUUUUAAUCCUAGAUUGUCUCCCAUCCGGAGUCCAUUACUAUAGAGAUAGCUUGGUCAAUGAUUAUGUAGCCUGCAACAGCAGUGGUUGGUUUAGCACGACGGUGAUUGUAACCAACACGAGGAACUUCCAUCUCGAUCAAGGCAACAUCGACAUUGUCAUCAAAGGAUAUGGAGGGAUCAGUGAAGCAGUGUUCACUGAAACAUACCAUGUCUUGCUCCACGGUUCGUUCUCCAUGCUCCUGAUCUUUCUCGCAAUUGGGAUUCCAGUUUUGUGUACUGCAGUGAUGUACUUCGUGAGAGAUUGUCCUCAGUCUUCAAGUGAUGAUCCUUCUGAACAUUCCCAUUUCCUUUUCGUCCAAGGAGCUCUUAUUUAA